CUUGCCCACGUUAUUCCUCUUUUAUUGGCCAUCUUAAACUACUGUUCUGCGUUUUCAAAGGAAUUUAAAGAUUCCUUUAAAACAACUUGGUUAAAUUGACCGAAAUACGAUAAUCAACAUGGCAGAAGGCAUCAAUAAAAGAGAAACAUGGACUUCGAAGGUCGACUUUCUCCUUGCUUUGAUGGGAUUUUCCAUUGGACUCGGUAACAUUUGGCGGUUUCCUUAUCUGUGCUUCAAGAAUGGUGGAGGUUGUUUCCUCAUUCCCUAUGUGAUCUGUCUGAUCCUGGCCGGUGUUCCUGCUUUAGUUUUGGAAAUAAGUUUGGGACAAUACACAAGUCAAGGUGCCAUUACAGCGUGGAAAAUAUGCCCAAUUUUUCAGGGUAUUGGCUACGCUGGGGUGCUGGUUAUGCAGUAUGUUAACAUUUACUACACCGUGAUUCUUGGCUGGGCCUUCUAUUACAUGUUUGCCUCGUUCCAAUCCUCGCUGCCUUGGUCACGUUGUGGAAAUAAAUGGAACACACCAAACUGUGUCGAGAGCGGUGAAAAAUUAAAUAUCUCCGAACAAAAUGCUUCGGCCAUAACCAGCGUUUCAGCAAGUCAGGAGUACUGGGACUACAGAGUUCUGCGACUUUCUGGCGGCUUGGAUGAAGCGGGUCAAGUGAACUGGGACCUAGCUUUGUGCCUAUUGUUGGCUUGGAUUGUUUGCUACCUGUGUGUUUGCAAAGGAAUUAAGUCCAGUGGAAAGGUUGUGUAUUUCACUGCCACAGCACCAUAUAUAUUGUUGACAGCAGUCUUAAUCCGUGGUGUCACUCUACCAGGAGCAGCCGAUGGAAUUAAGUUUUAUCUGACUCCUGAUCUGUCAAGACUUGGUGAUGGCCGGGUAUGGCUUGAUGCUGGCACCCAAGUGUUUUUCUCGUAUUCCAUUGGCACAGGAACGAUGACAGCGCUUGGAAGCUAUAACAAAUACAAGAACAACUUUUACAGGGAUUCCAUCAUAUUCAGCCUGUUUAACAGUGGAACAAGUUUUUACGGCGGAUUUCUCAUCUUCUCUGUGUUGGGUUUUAUGGCCAAAAAUCAAGGAGUUCCAAUAAAGGACGUUGCGAAAGCAGGUCCUGGACUGGCCUUCAUUGUUUAUCCUGAAGCCGUGGCUCAGAUGCCCUUAGCUCCAUUGUGGUCCGCUCUGUUUUUCUUCAUGAUAAUUUUGCUGGGCCUGGACAGUGAGUUUGUAGGUAUCGAGGGUGUUGUGACCGCAGUUGUGGAUUGGUAUCCUCAAUACCUAAGACGUGGCUACCGUAAGGAAAUUUUCACUGCUGUUGUAUGUGCAGUCUGGUUUCUCCUCGGGCUGUCCAUGGUUACCGAGGGUGGAAUGUACGUCUUCCAGUUGUUUGAUCACUACUCUGGAAGCGGAUCUGUAUUGCUACUGGUUGUCAUCUGCCAAUGUCUGGCUAUUGGGUGGCUGUAUGGUCGUAAUCGUUUCUACGACAACAUGGAGAGCAUGCUGGGAUUUCGAAUCAAUCCAUGGAUCGGUUGGUGUUGGUGUUUUUUCGCGCCCAGUUUUUGUGCGUUCAUUUUCAUCUUUAACCUGGUUACGUAUCAGCCCAUGAGUUAUGGCAAGUACGUUUAUCCAGGCUGGGGCCAGGCUUUUGGUUGGUUGUUGACGGCAACCUCGCUAACCUGUAUCCCGGCUGUGAUGAUAUACAAACUGAUCAAGACCACAGGAACAAUCAGAGAGCGUUUGAACAAGCUGAUUAUACCUGAGAUUGAAGAGAAAAGGGAUGAAAUUGAACUUGAAGAUCGUGAGGGACACCAGGCUGCUCUGUUGACGAAAGACAACGACGAAAAAGAGCAGAAGGCCUAAUGACUUGAAAACGCCAAUGCAUUUUAUUCUUUGGAAUAAUUGCAAUAUUGAUGUCGAUUUAUUCAGUUAUGUGAUAUUACAACUAGAUGUUGAGAUAUGAACCAGUUAAGCGAUCUAGCAUUAAUAAGAAGUGUACAAUUAGCAAUCAUAUCAUUACCCCAAUGAGCAAUAUAACUAGCGUAAGUCUUAGUUAUUGAAAGGAAAUGGAGGGUUUUGAAAAUUGCUUUAGAAGGCUUCGAAGAAAGUACUCGCUUUUAAUUCUUUUAUUGAUCAAAUACGUUAGCUGAAGUUAAAGUAAAUUCUGUCAUAAUUUGAGUUCACUGUUUAGUAGUGGACUCUAAUAUGUACUUGCCUUUUUGUGACUAGUAUCAACUGGCACAUGAUUACUGUUAGAAGUAAAACUCUAACACUCGUUCUGUUGAGUUUUUCUUUAUUCUCUUCUUUUCUACUCAAGUUAAUACAACGGGUACUAGCUCAGAUCUCGCGAGGAGAGUGUGGGUCACCGCUUAUAAGGUGACGCUUGCUUAGCUAUCAAUCUCUACUCUCUAACCUUCGUCAUGCUUUUACAUUGAACUAGCGAAUCGCGUUAAGCUACGCUGAGCGGAGUUCCCAUACUAAGUAGAUACUUUCGAGAUGUUUAAAACAAGAUUAUUAAUAUGAAAAUUAUAAUGAACUUACUAACAGAAUAAGAAUCAUACUUGAAAAGAUAUCUUAAGAGAAACUAGUCCUCGAAGACUGUUA